AUGAACAAAAGGUUAAAUGAAUACUCUUUGAAUGUUUAUCAAGUAGUUUGCUUGGUUAUUGGAUUGUGUUGUGUCUGGUGUAGUUCUGAUGAGGAUUCAGUUGAUAUGGAGUUGUUUGAUAUGUGUAACGACGCCACGUUAGCUAGAGAUAGUCAAAUAGCAUCGGAAUAUGCUGAAAUAACCAAUGCAAUAUACGAGCUGAAUGUCUUAAGGAAGAAUCAAGCAGCGCGAAUAUAUCAAAUAAAGGUGUACCAACAGGGCCUCAUGGAACAAGAACAACAGCUUUAUACAGGCUUGAAGUCAAUCCAACGCAAUCCCAGCGGCCUUGGCAAAUCAAAGAAUCCGGUCGGGCCGAAGAAGGUUGAGUUGAUAUCUCAACUAGUCAGAGAAGAAGUAAUGCGGCAAACUCUUAAUAGAAUUCUCCUGCAGCUAAAUGAAUGGUUAGAUGAAUGCAAGAAUGCCCAGAUACAAGAGGAAUCGCGAAUGGAGAGCAUAGUUAAGCUAGUAAAUGCAGUAAAACGACUAAACCAAAUUAAGGAUGACCCAUUGGACCUACAAAAACAAACCCCCAAUUCAGAAAGAAGCAUAUUUGAAAAUAAUCUAAUCACAAUAGGCGCCCAAUACCAUCCUAUUGAAUUAAAAACCCGAUUCGCUGCGUUCAUGGUAGUAGAACUAAGGAAAAUACGACAUAAGAUUGAUAGAUCAGAAUGGAUUCAUCUAACAAAAAUUAUGGAAUCAAAGAUAGAUCAAGUAUUGAUAAAUGAUGAACUCAAAAGCCGCGACAACAUAUCUAGGUUAAUUGAAGAAGCGCUAGUUUGGCUUGAUGGUAGGUCUAAAGAAAUGGAGGUCGAACGUGAAAGUAAACAGAAGCCCACAGAUCCAGAACCCUCUACUUCAAGAGCACAAUCAAGCAAUCCCCAAACUAACAAAUCUGGCAUGGACGGUAAACUUUAUUCAAGUAGCGAAUCUGCUGACCAAGAUUCUACGUUAUCUUUUAAUGGAUAUGGACUUAAACAGCCCGGGUUGGAUCAACAGGGUUGUAUACUAAGUUAG